AGUUGAACAAUGACCAUAGUUGACAAAGCUUCUGAAUCUUCAGACCCGUCAGCCUAUCAGAAUCAGCCUGGCAGCUCGGAGGCGGUCUCACCUGGAGACAUGGAUGCAGGCUCUGCCAGCUGGGGUGCUGUGUCUUCACUAAAUGAUGUUUCAAGUCACACACUUUCUUUAGGACCAGUACCUGGUGCUGUAGUUUAUUCAAGUUCAUCUGUGCCCGAUAAGUCAAAACCAUCACCGCAAAAGGAUCAAGCCCUAGGUGAUGGCAUUGCUCCUCCACAAAAAGUUCUUUUCCCAUCUGAGAAGAUUUGUCUUAAGUGGCAACAAACUCAUAGAGUUGGAGCUGGGCUCCAGAAUUUGGGCAAUACCUGUUUCGCCAAUGCAGCACUGCAGUGCUUAACGUACACACCACCUCUCGCCAAUUACAUGCUAUCGCACGAACACUCCAAGACGUGUAAGUGUCCUAUGUUAGGUUACGUGUGUCCCGUUGUGGUAUACUAACCUACUUUCAUAUUUUCUGUGAGUGAAGGGGAGGAAUUGAGGCAAGAAUUCUGUGUUCACUGAGCAGUUGGUUUAUUCUUUUAGAAACUGUGCAGGAAUAUUUGUAUUCAGGUUGUGAAAGAAGCAUUUUGCACCUAAUUCAACCUGUGAAUUUAUUUAAAAAGAGACAUAUUUUAUCAGCUUUUGGCAUUUCUGAACCCUCUGCUGGCUUUCUGUACUUGCUAAAAAAUGUGACACAAAUGUCUGUCACCAACAGCUGGGGACAAGCAGGAUUAAAAAUCCUGCCUGUUCUGGAGACCAUCCUGUGCUUGAUUCAUUUACAGGCUUAUGAGCCCUAGUGGAGAGGAACUCUCAUUACUGCCCAGCCUCCUGGAAAUUCAUACAGGACUUUCCCUUCCACGUGUGAGAGCUCAGUUUUCAACCUAAAGGGCAGGAAAUCAGUCAAAACAUAUUACGGUCCUUAAUUAGGUGAAAGCCAACUCAGUGUGUGACUAGUGAAAUUCAGAAUUUAGAACGUAUCUGUUUUUUGAGGUUUUGACCUUCUACACAUAUUGUAAAUAUCCUUCAACCUUUGCAGAUGAAAUCUCCCUGUUCUUUGAUCUACAUUAAGCCUCAGAUUUGCUUGUGUAUGUUCAGAUGGCUCUUCAUUAAUUAUCAGGGUGGAAAAAAAGCCCCUUGGUUUCUUUUUGAAUAGUUCUUAAUGGAGAAUUUAAACUGGUUCUUUUAAAACCGUUUUUCCCCCCAAAGAGCAAAAUAAUGCUUGUAAAGAAUUUGGAAAGUACAGAAAAUUUAAAGAAACCAGAGGAAAAUCACCUAGAGUCUCACUGCCUAGAGGUGUUUGCUGUGCCAAAGGGUUUUAAAUUACAGAAUGAACAUUCUCUCCCUUUAAGUCCGUAAUUCACUCCCUACAGACAGUUUUCCCAUCAGUUUUGUGCUAAAUGAAAGUAGGAUGUGGAUGAAAACCCAGCCCUGGUGCCUGAACGGCAAGAGAAAGGACCAGGACAAAAAUUCAGAAGCUCCUGGUGUCCAGAAUUAGGUGCCUGUCUUUAUGCUAUUGGCAGUUUUCUGUCCUCUCUGUUUUCCCAGCUUCACUGAGGUGUAAUUGAUGUACAAUGACAUGCAUGUAUUAAAGUAAACAAUUUGAUGUGUUUUGCAUUUGUAUUCGCCCAUGAAACUGGCACCACAGUUAACUUGCUGCCCCUUUUCAUUGCCCCUAAAGUGUCCCGGUGCUCCUUGGAAGUUACUCCCGCUGCCCUCUCUACCCUUCAACCCCCACCCCAGGCAACCACCAGUAUGUCCUCUGUCUACUAGAGAUUAGGGUGUGCUUUUUAAAAUGUCAUAUAAGUGGAAUUAUAUACAGUAUACCUAUUUUGCCUGGCUGCUGUCGGCACGAUUAUUUCUAUAUUAUAUCAUGUUGUUGCAUUUAUCAGUAGUUAAUUUUUAUUGCUGAAUAGUAUUCCAUUGUAUGGAUGUACCACAAUUUGUUUCUCCAUUCACCUGUUCGUGGACAUUCUGGUGAUUUCCCAUUUGGGGCCAUCACAAAUUAAGCUGCUUUGAACAUCUGUAAACAAGUCUUUAUAAGGACCUGUUUUUUAUUUCUCUUGGGUAAAUAUCCAGGAGUUUGGAAUGUCUUGGUCCUGUGGUACGUCUGUGCUUAACUUAAAGAUACUUUCAAAGUGUUUCCCAAAGGGAUUGUGGCAUUUUACAUUCCCACCAGCUGUGAAUGAAAAUUUUAUUUGCUCUGCAUCUCGCCUGAUACUUGGUGUGAUCAGUUGUUCCAGUUUUUGUCAUUCUAGUAGGUAUGUUGUAAAGCAGUACCUCUGGUGGCUUUAAUUUGCGUUUCCUCAUGAAUGCUGCUGAACAUCUUCCCAUGUGGUUGUUAGCCAUCGGCAUAUUUGCUUUGUGGAAGCACCUGCUCACAUCUUUU